AAGAUUACAACUGUAAAGAUAAAAUUAUUAUUGAGCAAAUUCCAUAUGAACAAGUAAUUCAAAAUUCUGAUUUGAUACCUUGUAAUUGGAUUUCAAUGCCACAAUCUCUUAAGUUAAUUGCUAAAGAUUUAGAGCUAUUAAAAAAUCAACAAAAAAUUAUUUCUGAUAAGAAGUUUUAUUCAAAAAAUUUUUUAUUUUUUGGUGAUAGUAGUAGUGAAAAAACAACAAUUACAGAAAAUUUGGCACAAGAAUUGGCUCAAGGUCGAGAAAUUUGCAAGAAAGCAAAUGAUCCAAAGUACUUUGAUAAGUAUAAUAAUCAUAAAGUUAUUAUAAAGCAAGAGUUAACUUAUGAUAUGUUUAACUUUGAAGAUUUAUUAUUACUAUAUGAAAAAGAUCAAUGUAUUAUUAAGCAAUAUAACAAAAAAUCUAUUGAGGUGGUAUCAAAAUACAAUAUUUUUACAGCACAAGAUCAAUUUGAUGAUAUAUUUAGUUUUCACAAAUGGACAUUUGAUAAUAAAAGUAUAAAAAUUGUAAAUCGUUAUAUAUCGAAGAAAGUUGAUUAUUACUUUAUAUGGACUGAACCUGAUGAACUAGGUGAUAUAAAUGAUUUUAUGAAUGGUCAAUUUGAUAUCAAAAUAUGUGAAGGUUUGGAUUUAGAAUCAGCUAAAAAAUAUGUGUAUGAUAAGGAUUUUGAAAAUCUCUAUGAGUUAAAAGAAGAUAUUUACUUGAAAUGA